GACGUCGAAGAAACCCAAAACUCGCACACAGAUGGCAGCAGAAAUCCUCGAGAAUACUAUGAAAUAUCCAGUGUAGUUGCGAGAAGAAAAUAACGAUUUGUGUUUAAAAUUGAUUUCCUGCCAACAUGAUAAAGGUUGUGUGGAACAUCAUCAAGAAGACUUUUGGUUUUGUGCUGCUGAUAUGUUCACCGUUCAAAAGACUUUUCUGUAGAAGGAAGAGGAGGACAUCUGAUACUGUUUUACCUUUAACAAAUCAUUACAGCAUUCCACAUGAUUUUACACAAACCCCAAGUGCACCAAAACAGCCUGAGCUGCAGUCUUGGGAGAAUUGGGAUCAAGAUCAAAACAACAGUUCCAGAUCACAAAAUCACAAUUACUCAAGGUCAAGGUCAAUGUCUCAUGAAGAUUCAUCUGAACCAGAACCUGAUUAUUUUCAAGACAUGACUCCAACUAUUAAGAGACAGAAAAAGGUGUUGAUUAAGCAGAAAGAAGAAAUGCGAAACCAAUCCAAUAUGUUUGCUGUGUCUGCUUCAGAUUUACCUUUAUCUGCUGGGUCGGAAUUAGGCACUUGGGACGACCGAGAGACUGGCUGGGACAAUGAAGCUGGUGAAGAUUUGUCGUGGCAAGCUGAGGCUGCUAUAAAGGAACAGAAACGGUCGGAGCGUCGGGAACGAAAUUUGGAACAACAGCGUCGGCGGCAAGAAAAAGAAUAUUCUAAAAGAGACGCAACAUUUUCAGCAGUGAGGCUUUCUUGACAUGAAUGAUUGAAUGCUAAUUUAAGAGAAAUGGGAUUUUUAUUGUAUAAAGUUCGUAUCAUUAUUAUAUGCAUAAAAACAUCCAUUUCAUUGUUAAAAUUUGUUUUGACUAUAUAUAACAUGCUGUAGGGAAUGACAGUAAACAACUAUGACUAUAUAUAUAUAUAUAUUAGCAAGAAAUUGGAAAGUUUUGUGUUAUUUCAUUUCAUUUGUAGAUUUUCAAUACAUAUAAUGAUACUGUUGAAUUUUCCCUUAACAGAUUUUUUAAUACCUGGUAUUUGGAAGCAUUUCUAUGGUUAUAGCCUUUAAAAUCAAGAGUGAAAGGAUAUUUUUUAAAAGGUCACCAAAAAAAAAGGUCUUUUAAUCAAUUUCAUGGGAUAUUCGUCAGAUUAGUACAUAUUUCACUAUUGUACAUGUAAUUGAAUUAGAUGAUUGGGAAACUGUUGCCCAUAUGAUAAUGUUUUAAUAAAAAAACCAGUAUAGGGCGAUUAUAGUAAAAUAUAAUCAUAAGGAAAAUAUUAAUCAUAAAAUACUCAGGCGUUACAAUACCAGUAAAUCUACUAGUUUUGCCCCUAUCGCAGGGAUGAAAUUCCAACAUCAAAAUCACCCUGAAAUGCCAUUCAAGUGGAUCAAUCUAUUCUUUAUCAUGAUGAUAUAUUGUAUCUUCAGUUGGGUGCGUCCUUGCAGCACUAUUACAUAAGUGGGUGUUACACUGCUUUUCAAUGCUAUAUUUGAAAAUUAUAUUGAUUAUGUUAGCCAAAGAAUGAAAUUACCAUUUUUUUUUAAUUUGGGCAGGUUAUGGUCCAAAUCAGGUGGGAUUUUGGGUCUAAUGUAAUGUAAAAAAAAAAAGACAGAAUUUAGAUUAAGCAUUAGAUG